AUGGCCCCCGGUUCGCGUUCGACAAAUGCAGAUCGAAGAAAAUAUGCCCAGCUGGUCGGGAAUAUUGGCCCCGAUCUCUAUCCUGUGUUUGAAGCCGCGAUCACAGGAAGAGCAGCACUGGAAGGAACAUGGGAUGCCGCCGAGAGUUCUCAAGAGACCUACCAGAAAGCCUCUGGAAUGUUAAGCGCCACACGUCAGAGUGAAGAGGAGAUGGAGGCGAUACGAUAUGCGGUGGCGAAUCGAAAAGGCCUUCUCGUAUCAGUUUUCGAUGUACUGCGGAGAGUUCCCCGGCGUGUAUUAAUGGUGCUAAAACUGAAUGAUCUUACAAGAAAUCUGGAUAACGCUCUGAUGACUACACACUCAAAUGUGAAUAGCAAGGAUCAUUUGGGCGACUAA